AGACAUAGUCUGUCUCUAAUCUGUGAUCUAUGGUUUAAAUUGUUUUUUCAAUCUUUGAGUUAUCCUAUCCUUGUUCUUAAAUUCUAAUUUUAUUCCCUAUAAAUAAAUAAUGAAAAAAUAAUGAAGUAAAAAAUUUUUUUGAUUAAUUCUGCAUACAUAGGUAAUGUUAUUCUAAUAUCUAUGUUUUCGUUAUGAUUAAGCUUGAAAAUUUAAAGUAUCUAGUUCAGAAUAUAUGUGUGUAUUAAAAUGGAAUUGAGAAGAGCCGGUUUUCAGUAAUAAUUUAUUGUAAUUUCUAAUGCCGAUUUGCGAGCAAACCAUCUAUUUGGACAAAUAAACAAAUUCAAGGGCCCUGUUGUAAUGUUGUCGUGUAAGUAAAUACACUACAUGCAUAAUUAUUUCUUCCAACUUCUUGUUUAAUUAAGGGUAUCCACUGACUAAAAGUUAAAAACGACAACUAUGGAGAAUUCGGAAUCCAAUCCCACCGAAUGUGAACAAAAAAUGGAUUUGGAAAAAGAGUUAACAAAUAAAUUUUUGAGCGGUGAAAUGACAUUUGCUGAUUAUUCAAAUGAAUGGUAUAAUUAUGAUGAUGAUGAUGAUGGUGACGACGACGACGAUAUCGAAAAUACAGAUGAUUCCACUAAUAGAAUAAUUGAUGAAGAACCCCAACCAUCUGUGCAAUCUACUGGCAAAAGUGUAACUAGACGUCGUAAAGUUACUCGAUUAUCACCAGCACUUUUGGGUUUAAUGGGAGAAGCUAAUUUGCGAUUUGUAAGGGGAGAGAAAGAUACUGCAGAAAGAAUGUGCCAUGAGAUCAUAAAACAAGUACCAACAGCACCAGAGCCAUAUCAAACAUUGGCACAGAUUUAUGAAAAUGAUUCGGAAAAAUCAUUGCAGUUCUCUCUGUUGGCGGCUCACUUGAGUCGUCCUGAUGCAACUGAGUGGCUCCGAUUGGCAGCUCUGUCUAAAGAAAGGAAUAAUGUGAAACAAGUAAUGACAUGUUAUACUCAAGCCAUUAAAGCUCAGCCACAUAAUUUAGAUAUUCAUUUAAAAAGAUUGGAAAUUUUGUCAACCUUGGAGGAAAUCAAAUACCCUUUGCAUACGCUAAGUAUAAAUAGAGUUAAAUGUUACCAUAGAAUUGUAACUUGUUUACCAGAAAGUGAUGGUGAAGUAAUUAUGAAAUAUGCCAAAAUGGCAACAACAUUGUAUCACAAUUCAAAUGAAGUUGAACGGGCGCUGGAGGUCAUGGGAACAGCAUACAAGAAAUGCCCAGCUCUUUUUACUUUAGAGGAUAUCAAUAUUUUAAUAGAACUCUUAAUAACUAUGAAACAGUAUCAAACAUGCUUAGAGAUUUUUGUUGCAAAUGUUGGUGUAGAUAUAGAAGCUGAAAUAGAAACUUUUAAAAAUGCAGAUGGAAAGAUAGAAGAACAAACAAAUUAUAUUAAAUGUUCUAUCCCAAAUAAUUUGCCAAUUGAUUUGAAAAGCAAAUUAUUAAUAUGUUUCAUUUAUUUAGGUGCUAUCAACUUAGUACAGACAUUACUAGAGGAUUUCUUGUCUAAUGAUGUAGAAAAAGCUGGAGAUUUAUAUAUGGACAUAGAAGAAGCAUUGUCAGCAGUUGGGCAUCAUGAAUUAGCUAUGCAACUCUUGGUACCACUGGUGAACAAUAACAGCUUUGAUUUAGGUGCUGUAUGGUUAAAGCAUGCUGAUUGUUUAAAUAAUCUAGGCAGACAUGAUGAUGCUAUUGAGUCCUAUUAUAAAGUUUUGAAACACGCUCCCCAACAUCCAGAUGCUCGGAGAAAGUUAUUUGAACUUCUUGAGAAAAAGGGCUGCAUAGAUGAAGCUUUAAAAAUUUUACAACAAGAUUAUAAAUAUGUUAUUAGUGCUCAGUUACUUCAUGAGCAAUGUAAUAUAUUAAAGAAAUACAAUAAAAUGCUAGAUUACUUGGAAAAUUCCAGUAUUUUCCCGAUUUUGAGAUUACUUUUACCGGCAUGUGAGCGAGAAAGGAAUCCAUACAUGUUAAAAGAGAAGAAACUCGGGGAACUGUUGGUGAAGGUGUUAUCAAUAAAAAAUUCCUUGGAUGCAAGAAAGCUGCUGGAAUAUAAGUCAGUGAACAGCGCAAGAGACCAUGAUUUCGCAAGUGUUGCUUAUCACGUCAUAAAAAAUAAAAUUCGUGAUGAAUGUGGCGAUCUCACUGUUGGAGAAAUAAAUGAAAUUCUCGACAAAGUAGCUACUGCCGAAGUUGGAAAUAAAGGACCUGUGCUGAUGGAGACAUUCGAGUAUGCAUUAAAAAAAUUAAGCGCCAAACAAUUUAAAUGGUUUCUUCGGAUAAUUCUGAAAGACUUGAAACUUGCAUUUGGUGUUGACCGAAUUUUAUCAGCCUUCCAUCCCGACGCUCCAAGUUAUUAUAAAAAUUGUAACAACCUUUAUAAGGUGUGUGAAGAGUUAGACGAUGGCAACAGCCGGCCGUUGGAGCUGGGUGUACAGUUGUUCUGCGCUGUGAGCCCUAUGCUCUCGGAGCGAUUGAAUAUCACACAAGUAUCACAGCGACUCUCGUCGGAGAGGAAGUACCACGUGGAAAACAAAUUUGACGGCGAGCGAUUUCAAAUGCACAUGAAAAAUGGAGAAUUUGAAUAUUUUUCAAGAAGAGGCCAUCCGUAUUCACAUAAAUAUGGCAAGACGUACGAAACUGGCCUACUGACGCCCUUUUUAAAAAGUUGCUUUAGUCCGAGCGUUGUUAACUUCAUAUUAGAUGGCGAAAUGAUGGGCUGGCACAAAGUAGAUAAAUCUUUCAGAGUAAAAGGAGAAUCGUUCGACGUGAAGAAAAUAACCGAGCAUUCGAGUCUAAGGCCGUGCUUCUGUGUAUAUGACGUGUUGUACUACAAUGACAAAGUGUUGGUGGGCACCCCAGACAAGGGCGGCGUUCCACUAGAAGAACGGUUAAAGUUGCUCGACACGAUGUUCAGUGACAUACCCGGGGUCAUACAGCAUAGUAAAAGGAUACCUGUCAGAGAUAGUAAUGAUAUCUUAGAUAAAUUAAAUGACGCCAUAGAACUACAAGAAGAGGGUAUUGUUGUGAAAGAUGUCGCCUCAUACUACGUGCCUCAAGCGCGCAACGCUGGAUGGUACAAAAUUAAACCGGAGUACACGAGCGAAACCAUGAAUGACUUAGACUUCGUGAUAAUUGGCGCCGAUGAAGCAGAGAACAAGCGGCACGGCCGUGCAAACAGCUUCUACGUAGCCUGCGCUGACGUCGCCGCACCAGGUGAGGUCCCUCACCGAUGGGUGUCUGUGGGACGGGUGUCAUCUGGUUUCUCCAAUGAGCAGUUGCAGAGUGUUUGUGAAAUGUUGGAACGCCAUUGGGUGCCUACAAAACGGACUUCCCCGCCGGCGACCCUCGUCUUCAAUAAAAAGAAACCCGAUUUUUGGAUUAUGCCAGAACACUCUAUAGUGUUAGAGAUACGCGCGACAGAGCUGAUCCGCAGCGUCGACUACGGCACCUCGCACACGCUGCGGUUCCCACGACUCUGCAGACUGCGAGACGACAAGCCAGUCAAUGAUGUAAUCACGUUGGAAGCCUUCAAUGCACUCACGGAGAACAAAGGGAAUGUGCUCAAAUUAGCCACAAAAACUGUAGAACAAGGGCAAAUGGAAGUCGACGGCGUCGAAAUAAAGCCACGGAAAAAGCGAGCUCCUAAUGUUAUACAAGUACACGAACAGUUUCGACCCAUGAUCAGUGGAGAUGUUAAAUCGAUUUCUAAGGCUUUACUCGAUCGUAAAAUUCGCAUCAUAUCAGGCGAUGAAGAGGACGAUUUGAAAGAACUAAUCGAAAUUGUGAUAUCGCAUAGUGGAAAACAUGUAUUAAACGUUGGUCCUGAUACGUGGUGUGCGGUGGUGGGUCGCAUGACCGCGCGCGCUCGAGACGCACUGGAGUCGCGGGCAGUUGACGUGGUUCCCACUAGUUGGCUGCGGCAACUGCCACCAUCACCUGAGCCCUGUCAGCUGCGGCCGCUCGACUUGCUUCAAAUGAAACCCUCCACCAGCUUAAACUUCCGUAGAGAUUACGAUCGCUUCGGUGACAGCUAUACGCAACCGGUCGACGAGGGCACGCUCAAGAGGUGUUUUGAAAAGAUGGACACUGAAUCCCAAAUAUACCUCACAAGGCGUGAGAUGUUGGCUGUGGAUAAGCAUAUUUUUGAGGAUGGAAAUCCGUUUUCAUUUCUACGUCGGUGUACCAUAUAUUUUCACAAUAGCAGCAGUAUUUAUGCUAUAUUGGCAGAGUUGUACGGCGCUGUGGUGUGUGAUCAAGCAGCGGAUUUGACCCACGUAACCGUGGCACCGACGACCAAAAUUGAAGACGUAAUGAAAUUGAAAAAUGAAUUUCGUGUUCCAGUAAUUUCCGAAAACUGGUUGGACGAGUGUUUUCUUACCAAAAAGUUAAUAUCUGAAGAUAGAUUUAUUUUGUAAUUAUCAAUAAGGUUGCAUUAACUCUUUCUAUCAUGUUAAAGAUAUAAAAUUAGUAUUUUUUAUAUUUAAUAAAAUGUAUUAAAAGUA